AUGUCGGAAUAUUUUAGAAAGUAUAUCAAAAAAGAGCAUUAUGCUAAUCAUUAGUAUUAAUUUAUAAUACGAUUAUAGCUCAAACCUAAAAUUUAAAACAUCUUUCAGAAAUUGCAUUUUGGAAGUAUUUAACAAUUAUUAAAUCAGGCCUUUAAAAGAAGAUUAUGGAAGGAGACAGAGGGCGAUGAUUGGGAUAUAAUGUGGGCAGAGAAGGAAUGGAUUCAUGAAGUUUUGGAUCACACUCAUCUUUAAGCAAAUUAAAAAAUCAAUCAUUUCAGAAAUCAUUACGAAGUAUUAUCCAAACUAAUAAAUUAGUUAACAAGGAAGGAUCUCAUGAUCAAGAAUUUUAAAAGGUAUAAGAAAAAUUUAGAAAGAGAAGGAAAAUCCGAAGAAGCAAAUAAGUAAUUGCUACAUUAAUUUAUACAGUUAUAAUUUCUUCCCUCUAACUUUCCACUUGCCCAGUGAAUACCCUAUAUUUUUUGAGGAAUUCAAAAGGUAAUCCACCAAUAGUGACACCAAAACAGCUUGGAUAAUGAAACCUGUAUUAAUAUUAAUUUAUUUCUAAGAUCGGUAAAUCACAAGGCAAGGGUAUAUUCAUCUUCAACAAAAUUUAAUAAAUAUCUCAAUGGAAGAAUACUUUAAGAUAUAGUUAAGAUAAUCCAUAAGCAGAAGCCUACAUAGUGUAAAAAUACAUAGCAGACCCAUUGCUUAUUGGAGGCAAGAAAUUCGACAUGAGAAUCUAUUUAUUAUGCACUUCCUAUUAACCCUUAACACUAUAUUUAUAUAGAACUGGAUUUGCAAGAUUUACACAUCAUCGUUAUGAUAGCGAAGACAUCUCAAAUACAUGUAUUAAAUAUUUAUUCAAUAUCUUUAGAUGUUCAUUUAACCAAUGUGGCCAUUCAAAAGACAUCUGACAAUUAUGAUGAAAAGCUUGGGGGAAAGUGGAAUUUAUAAACACUUAAACUCUAUUUAAUGACCAAAUAUGGCUAAGAAAAGGUUGCUGAAACUUUUUAUAAUAUUUAAAUGCUUAUGAUUAGAUCACUCUAGGCAGUUCAAAAGAUUAUUAUUAAUGACAAGCAUUGUUUUGAGUUAUAUGGAUUUGAUAUUUUACUGGAUGCUCAACUAAAACCAUGGCUCUUAGAAGUAAAUGCAAGGUAUUUUAUCAAAUUCUAAAUUUAAGUCCUUCAAUGACUUCCAAUACCCCUGUAGAUUUUGAAUUGAAGUGCGGUUUAUUGGAUGAUGUAUUUACAAUAAUAGAUUUGGAAAAGGUAUUGACAGGUAAUGAAGAAUAAAUUGGAGGAUUUGACUUGAUUUGCAAAGGCACUCCAGUUAAAUUACCUAUUAAUAGCACUUUUACUACUUAUUUAGGUGCCUUUAAUAACAGACAAUAAUAAUUAAAAAAGAUUGCCAAAUCUACUGCCAUCAGAUUGGCUUAAACAUACUCAGAAGGUCAAAUGAAAGCAAUCGAAAUUGGAUCUAAAGGAUAAAAAGAAAAAGAAGAAAAAGAUAAGCAAAUGAGAAGUUCAUCUAAAGGACCUUAAGCUAUGCAAGUAUUAUUAUAAUUUAAUUCUAGAAUGGAAGUAGUUUGAAUAAUAAAUCUAAUAAUUUAACUAAAUAAAACACAAUUAUGAAAAGAAACACUGCAAAUUUACCUGCUUUAGGCACCCUGCAAAACAAAAGUAAUUUAAAAAGAUAACCAUUAUAAAAUGCUGGAUAAUAAUAAUAAAUUUAGUAAUCGUAAUCAAAUUCAAGCAAAAAGUAAUUUAUUUUAUUUAAUUAGAAAUAACCCCAACGAAGACUCAAUGCUAAGUGCUAAUCAAAAGUUGUAGAAAUUAACUUAGGAAAGUAAAAUAAAUUAGUUUUAACCUUACAAAUAACAAUCUUAAUAUAACGAAGUUAUGGGUAUGGGUGCCGGUUCGCGAAAUCUUUAAAAAAACGAAGAAUGA